GGUUACUUACAGAACGCUUUAAUGGACCCUUCAAGAAAAUUAGAAAUUGAAGCGGGUUGCGCGGUGGCACCAGCUUUCUGUAGGACUCGACUUAACACCUACUGAAUUAAAUCUUCCAGACACAAUAAAGAUCUCGUCUUUGUCAUUUUUCAGUUCAAAAAGAAGCCGCAGCCCGCAAGUGAAUUCCUUUACUCCUGUAGGAUUCUCAUUUGACUUGCAAGGAAUUCAUGGAGGGGUUUUUCAGGUCUUUCGUUUUAUGUGUAGAGGCUUGGAGGUAUUAGGAGUUUUUCAAGCGUCAAGAAGGAUCUUCAUAUUGAAGGGGUUAAGCAUGCUAUAGCCGUUGCUUCUGGCAAAGGUGGUGUGGGCAAGUCCACCACGGCAGUUAACAUGGCUGUUUCACUUGCUAACAAGUUGAAACUGAAAGUUGGUUUGCUCGAUGCUGAUGUGUAUGGACCAAAUGUUCCCAUUAUGAUGAAGAUCAAUAGUAGACCAGAGGUGACUGAAGAUAAGAAAAUGGUUCCAAUUGAGAACUAUGGAAUCAAGUGUAUGUCAAUGGGAUUGCUUGUGGAUACAGAUGCUGCAUUUGUCUGGAGAGGUCCCAUGGUAGGGAAUGCUCUUGGAAAAAUGGUCAGAGACGUUAACUGGGGGAAUCUUGAUAUUCUUGUAGUGGACAUGCCCCCUGGCACUGGUGAUGCUCAGAUAGCUAUUUCUCAAUUGUUGCAUUUAUCAGGUGCAUUGAUUGUUUCAACUCCUCAGGAUGUGGCAUUAAUGGAUGCUCGUAGAGGAGUUAAAAUGUUCUCCAAAGUCCAAGUUCCUAUUUUGGGAUUUGUAGAGAACAUGAGCUACUUUAAGUGUCCACAUUGCAGUGAACCUUCAUUCAUCUUCGGGAAAGGAGGGACUCGUAAGUUAGCUGCUGAAAUGGGCUUGGAAUUUGUUGGCGAGAUACCAUUAGAAGUAGAGAUCAGAAAAGGUUCCGAUGACGGUGUCCCCAUCGUUAUAUCGGCGCCUGAUUCUGCAGUCUCCAAAGCAUAUGGUAGUUUGGCCCAAAAUGUUAUUAACCGACUUGAAGAAUUGUCCAAGGAUCAACCCCUUCCUGAGAUUUUGCUGUGAAAUCUUGUGGUUUAAGUGAGAUAGUGAACCACCUCCUUCGCCAGUGAACACUUUUGGAUUGUCAUGCUUUUGCAAUUUGCUACGUUCUAUGAUGAUUUGUUAUUGAUUCCUCUUGAAUUUCCAAGUGUACAAAGAGACGGGAGCAUAAAUGGCAGAAAGCCAAUUUUGGUGCACGAGCAUGAAGUCACUACAGAGCAUAUGCACAACACCUGAAUUCUUUGGAACUGGGAAAAUAAAUGACAACUUUGAACCCGUGAGUUUUAAGAUUUAUUAUGGUAUUAGUGUGAAAAAAAAAAAAAAAACAAGAGAGAGAGAGCUACUUUUCUAACUCCCUAAAUCAUGUGAUGCAUGAUCCUGUAAAAGGAAAUUUAGUAGUAGAAUCAAUGUAAGCACGGGUCUUUUCGCAAAACCCACCUUUUUUUCUUUUUUUUUUU